CCGUGGCAUGCCGCGUACCCAGCCCCCAGGAACUCCCAACCAGACGGCAUAACACGCGAAGAGGUGCUUGACCUGCUCAAGAGCAAGCUAGUUGUAACCGACGGAAAGGCCAGUGGACCACGGGACUUUGUUCUCGUUGAUCUUCGUCGCAACGAUCAUGAGGGUGGCACUAUUCGCGGAUCCAUCAAUCUGCCUGCCCAGAGCCUGUACCCUACUCUUCCAACGCUGUAUUCCGUUUUGAAAGCAGCAGGCCUGCGGAAAGUCAUCUGGUAUUGCGGUUCCUCACGCGGACGAGGAACUCGCGCUGCUGGGUGGUUUGCCGAUCUUCUCUCCGACCAGGGCGACCACGAUAUGCAAAGUCUGGUCCUGGUUGGCGGAAUCAAGGGAUGGGCAACCUCGGGCCCGGAAUAUACGCAGUGGAUGGACGAGUAUGACGAGGCUGUGUGGUCAAAA